CAAUGAAGCAGGUCUCAGAAGUGACUCUGCACUGGCACAUUGCAGGUCCAGAACAUAUGACUUCUCCGUUUUGCCAUUUGGAAAACAGAAGGAAACAGUGACAGUCCGUUCAGAGAUCAGUGAAGUAUGAAUAUGAAGUGCCCAGGUUGUGGUCAUAUCAUAUUAGAGGAGACAGCCAAGUUCUGCAGUGAGUGUGGUCGAAAGCUGUCUGGCCCACCAGCAAACAAACAAGAUACAGGUGAUCAGCCCAGAUCCUUGAUAGCAGACUCUGAUGUUACAGCUGAGAAAUCCGCCCCACAGGAAACAACCUCACCUGUGGAAAGCAAAGAACAAAAUAAAUCCCCCAAACGACCAAGUGAUGAGACCCCCAGCAACGUAAAGAAAAAGAAAAAAAAGAGGAAGAAAAACAAAAAAAAGAAAGAUGGCCAAGAUCAAAGCCACUCUGACAUGUCCCAUGUCUCUGUGGGAGAAAACCAGCGAGGGAAGACGAAGGGCGAAGGAGAUUCAUCAGAAAGCGAGAGCUCAGACAAUGCAAUGGAUGAAACACCAGACCCACUCCAGGAUGGGGCCCCCUCACAAGGGAGUCCGUCCAGCUCCUUGACUCCUAAAGCUCCUGCUGCCCCUCCUGAAGACAAACCAGCCAGUCAGAGUGAAAUGUCUGAAGACAAACCAGUCAGUCAGAGGAAAACGUCUGCUGACAAAGAAGCUAAAGACAAACCAGCCAGUCAGAGUGAAAUGUCUGAAGACAAACCAGUCAGUCAGAGGAAAAUGUCUGCUGACAAAGAAGCUAAAGACAAACCAGUCAGUGAGAGUGAAACGUCCGCUGACAAAAAAGAUGCAGCAGCAGCAACGCAGUCUGAGGACGCAAAAUCAGCUCAGGAUCAGACUCUCAGCACAGACACUCCAACCCAACGACCUCCCUUAAGGGAUGGCAAGGCCGCGACCUCUCAACCAGGUGCAGGCAAAGGAACAAAGACCGCCAACUCGAAAGAGCAAAAGACUGACGGAAAAAACUCUAAGAACAAGAAAGACACUGCAGCCACUAAACCCACGCUGGACCAGAAUGCCAACGCAAAGACGAGCCCAAAACCGAGCGAACAAAGCAAACAGAAGGGAAAUAGUCUGCAGGAGCAGAAGAAACAGAAGCCGGCUGCAGCCGCUACACAAAAGAUGGUUUUUGGCCCUCAGACUCCAUCAAAGUCUGACAGUGCGGGCUCAAGUGUGGACCCAGAGGACACAGACAAAGUUGUUCAGCAGACUGGGAGCAGGAAGACCUUGGCACAAUCCUCAGAUGCAGCCCAAGAAAGCAAAGAUGGCAGUAAGGAUAGCACAGAAUCCAGCACUCGAGCUGAGCCGCCGCCCAAAAGGAUAACCAGGAGCAAUACCAUUGCUGCAUCCGACAGGCUCACCAUCUACUUCCACGCAGUUCUCUCCAAGGAUUUCAAAUUUGAUCCGGAUGAAGAUCGUGUCUUUAUCCGAGCUGGGUGCGGCAUUGGGACAUGGAAUGAAAAUGCAGUUGAGCUGUUUGUAGCCAGGGACCUUGGAGAACAUGGGUUUCUGGUCCAAGGCAGUCUGACAACAAAAAAAAAGGACGUAGAGUCUGAGUCCAUACCGUACAAAUAUGUUGUCUACAAACAUAAAAAGGUCAAAUAUGAAUAUGAGUUCAUAUACAAACUGGAUUCUACACAGCAAACUGUCAACAGAUGCUUGUUUGUGAAACCCCACAUACUCACUGAGAAAGGAGACUGGCAUCAAUAUGACGACAUUGUCUGCGUCGAGCCUCCAACAAACGUGCUCAAACGUUUAAAAGAGACCAUUAAAGAUACUCUCUGGCCUGAUCAAAAGAGAGAUCUGAUUAAGGGAAGGACUAUUGCUGGGUAUGUAAUGCUAGAGACCAUAUUUGAUCUUCUCAGGAGCUGGGAUGUGGCCAAUCUGAAAGGUUUCCUGGUCCAGCUGAAUCAGUUCUUUCAUGUGUAUGGGGAGCCUUUUGUGUACGAAGACAGACAAAAGAAAUGGAACUCCUUAGGCUAUGGAAAAGAUGAUGUGAAGAGAAUGCUGAAGGACUUCAUGCUGGAAAACGUGAUUCCUCAGGCGUCCAAGGAUGGAGAUAAGAAGAUGCUCUAUAUUCAGAAUCACAUGAGGGCAGCUGUGAUCAUGCUCUGUGUGUGUAAACAAUAUUUUAUCGGACUGACUUUGGCUGAGCUUAAUCCGCUCUGCACUGCACUUUGCCUGCCCAAACUGAACAAAGACGAUUUCCUGCAGUAUUGGUCAGAUUUCUCUCAGGAUGUCCCCAUUCUCAAAAAUCUGACAGAACACUUGGUGUCACUGAUAAGUGCUGUAAGAACAGCAGGAAUGCCUCGAUGGAUUCUGGUCCUACCGCUCCUCCACCUCCUCAGAGGCAACACAAAGCCCUUUGAGGUACCAACUUCUGGAAACAUGAAGUAUGGCUUACACUGGGCAGGCUUACAAGGCCUUGACAUGGGUACCUCAACCUACAUGGGCAGUCAAGACAGGAAGGCGCUGAUUAAUUUGAUGAAGAGCCACAGUCACCUGAUGGAGGUGGAUGUACUUUUAGUGCGAUCCUGUCUGUACUUGAUGCCUUUUGAUGGCCUGGAGGAAUGUCUCACACACAUUAACACUGAGCUUCUGGAUGUGCUUCACAUCUUCACCAACAAAUCUCCUCAGGAGAUUUCUUACAGUAACUUCCAGACAGUAUCGGACAUUCUCUCACAUAUACAAGAACACCUCAUUCAAGAAAAAUACAGUUGUUUUACUGUGGCCUAUAGGAGAAUGUGCCUUGAAAUAGCGGUGAAACUGUUGGAGAAGCUCUGCAGAGGAGUCAGAUUGACAAACUACAUCCAGAGUUGGAAUAAUAUUCCAGUGGCUUGUAUGCACCUGGUUGCAUCAGUGUCAGACUUUGUUCACUCUAAUAUUCAACAGGAGACAGAAGACGCGCAGAAAGAGCAGAAAUAUGCAAAGGACUUGGUGAUCUCUCAGGCCAUGGAGACUUUGAGAAACUGGAUGAAUUUGUCCUUCAGGUACCCUUUGCUCAACAGGGGCAUGACAUCCCUGUACCAGAUUGAGGCCACGGUGGAGAUUGAAAUAUGGAACAACAUCAUCUCCAUCAGCUUCAAAGAUGAGGAGUGCACAAGAGAAUGGAGACACACAUUCACAAAGGAUUUCGAGGGCAAGUACAAAAAGACCAAGUCGGAGGGGAGACUGUUGGAGAGACUCCAGAUAAACUGGAAGUUUGGGAAACUCAUCUCCACAAUUAUUGAGAAAUCGUGGCCAAAGGACCGUCAAGGAAAUUAUCGGGAAGAUGAAGAAGUGGUCCUUCAGCACCUCCUCUCCUGGACGGCUGCCAAAAACAUUUUCCAACUAUACGGUGCAGAUAAAGACCUGAUUGAUAAGCUCUCUGAAGAUGCCAGGGGCAAAAUUGCUAUUGCGAUGUCAUCAUUCAUAGCCAUGAACAAUAAACUGGUCAAUGGAGACGUUAAGAUCGGCCUGCUCAAUAUCAUUCUUGAGAAGAGCAAGGCCUUCUUGGAGCUGUUGAAGAUCGACUGCCUGUUGGAGAAAGAACAAUACAAGGAUCAUGCCAAAAUGAGGAGGCUUUUGCAGUGCAGACAGGACGAAGUGAAUGCCGUGUACCAUGAGAAGGAGCUUCUGGACACCCUCCUAACAAUGAGCCACAAACUGGAGGAACACAUGACAACUGAUGUUGCCGACAUGGAAAAUAAGCAGAAGGUCAACAUUGAGAUCAUGCCCCUGAGCCAUUUCAUGGAGGUCCAUCAACUUGACCAAAUGCCCUCUCCAGUGGCCGGUGUCGUCACCUACUUCAGUCUGGAUGAAGACAUCAGAGACAUGGCCGAGGUCCUGCACACCUUCCAAGAAAGUUAUAUAUUCAAAGUGUGCUGGGAGAAACAAGCCACGCUCCGUGCUUCUGAGGAGAUGGAAGACGACAAUCCUGCUGAACACAUCUACACUUGUCUGAAGAAUGGCAGUAUAAGGCUUGGGGAGGUGAACCAGCUCUUCAGUGCUUACAAGGGCAACUACGAGGAGCUUGCAAAGGACCUGGACAUCAUGUGCAGAGUCGAUAAAUCCACGGACAAACAGUGGAUCCACAGCAGGGUUCAACAGAUUGAGCAGUAUCACGAGCUUCAUCUAGCUGUGGUUUCUGCUGAAAUUAUCAUGAAGGUUAAAGAGACGCUUCAUCUUCAAGGAAACUUCAGGGUUCUGGAAACACUCACUGAAGCUAGUCGUGCAGACUUUCAGAACGAGCAGCUCAAUCGCAUUGACAAUGACUUGAUGCAGGCAAAGAAAGCUCUGGUGGACAUCACUGAGCCUCGCAGACUGUGCCUGCAGGAGCUGGGGCUCAGAGGACACUUUGUGAAUUGGGUGAAAGAUGCACUUGAAGAUAUCAAUGAGUUGAAGGUCUUUGUUGACUUGGCCUCCAUCUCUGCGGGAGAGAAUGACAUGGACGUGGACCGUGUUGCUUGCUUUCAUGAUGCUAUCCUUGGCUACUCUUCAAUGCUGUACGAGCUCAAACCAGACUCUGAUUUCCAAGUCUUCAAAGAGGUGCUCCAUAAGCUCUGGAGAGCUUUGGAGAAUGACUGCAACCUACCAAAAAAACUACGGGACAGUGCUCGUCAUUUGGAAUGGCUGAAGACUGUUAAGGACAGCCACGGGUCAGUGGAGCUGUCAUCUUUAUCCCUAGCAUCAACCAUCAACACCAAGGGAAUCUACCUGAUAAGUGCACAAAAUGUAAAAAAGUUGAGUCUUGACACGGCCCUGAAGCUGCAGAUUAUAGAGGAGCACGACGAGGGUCAGCAGACGCGCUGCUAUUCUCUAGAGGACCUUCGAGAGCUGCAGAACAAACUCAUGCUCAUGUCUGGAAAAGGGGACCAAGGGCAGAAUGAAGUGGAUCACUUUGCAGAGGUUUUUGCAAGUGUUCAAAGGCUAGCUGAGGCAUUCAUCGCCCUCUACACUGGGAAUCCUCUGUUCAGACACUGGGAAGCACAAAUCAACUGCUCUCUUUGCAACACUCAACCCAGUAUUAAGAUGGACUUCAACCUUGGCAGUGUUGUCAGUGUUGUAACUGUGGAGGGCAGCAUCGAGGAGGAGCUUCCUGAAUUUUGCAGGAAAAUGGAGAAAUGCCUGGAAUAUUGGAGGGACUUUGUGGACAAACAGAGAUCCAAGCAUUACUAUCUGAACUAUUACACAGCUGAGCAGAUUGUUUGCCUCUGCAGCAAGCUGAGUCAACGAAAUGUAAACAAUGUUGAGGACCAGGUUCUCAUGAUGCUCUCCUUUGUCAAGCCAAAUUGCACAGCCUCAGACUUGAGGGAGGUCUGGCAUGCACUCCAGUAUACAAUACUCACCAAACCAGAAGAGCAAAAUGAAGACAUUGAGUUCCAGACUUUUGUUGUGGUGCCACAACCCGAGUUGGUAGGUCCAGACUUCACCGGCAAAUUUGAUCUUUUGCCAAGUCUUGUAGAACAAGCAAAUGGUUCCCAAAAGUUUGAUCUCAUAUGGAAUGGAUACAUGAAAGACAUGAAGAACUUUCUCCCACAAAUCCUUGACAUCAAUAAUCUGGGGAGACUGUUGGAAAUAUUAGCCAACAAAGUCGAUGAAAGUGAAGAAGAAAACCGAAAAGAAGACAUUUCAGAUUUUUACACUGCAGGUCUUAUAAUGAGGCAGCUACCUAAAGGUCUAACCACAGGGAAUCCAAACCUCAUUGUUUGUCCACAUGAUGAUGUCUUGACGUCUUGUAUCUCCAUCUACAUGAGCAGUAAAGCUGAAGCACUUCCAACCUACGACGAGGUCCUCCUGUGUGACUCCUCAACACCUUAUGAACAGGUGGAGCUCUUCCUCAGACGCUGUCUCAACACAGGCUACAGGGGACAGAAGAUAUACACUCUACUGUAUGGAGAUCUCCUCACUUAUGAUGUGAGCUCGAAAGUUGAGAACUUUUUUCAGCGUACGAAAAUGCAGAGCCUAAGGGACUACAGGCUUGUUAUAAUCUGCAGCUCAGAAAGAGAACAUGCCUACCUUCCUUCUGCCUUCAGCCAGUACAGAUUGCACAUGGUUCCCCAGGAACCACUGGCCAGAAUCCAGAGGUACCUCCAUGAUCACUUUGUCGUCCCAGCAGAUCAGUGCAGUGCUGCAGCUACUUUCAAAGACAGACUGCGUGUUGGUGUUGUCUCAUCCAAAAGGGCUGGUGUUGGUAAAUCUCUCUACAUCAAGAAGUUGUAUGAAAAGCUGAACCACUCAACAAAAAAAUCGUCCAUGAUGAAAUGCAUUCGCUUGAUUGAACCUUGUGUUGACGAGAAUGUCAUCCUUCAGUCUCUGUUGAACACCUCCAAGAGGAAGGAACUCAUCGUGUUUCAUUUCGAUGUCACAUCAUCGGUGCAGAAAGGUCUCCAUGAGUUUCUUUUCAAGUUGCUGAUUCUGCGCUAUUUGAUGGACUCUGAGGGAAAGAUGUGGAAGUGCAGUGACAAGCAGCUGUAUCUCAUAGAGAUCUUAGAGCGAAACGGAAAUGUGUCACAACAGGCUCAAACUACAAACAGCACGUUCACAGAUGUGUUUCCAAAUAUUUUCUGCCGACCACCCAAAGAGGUUCUAAUGCUGGAGGUGAAAGGGCGAGAAGAACCCACCAUUCCAACCAUGGAUGACCCACUGAUGGAUGAUGACGAAUUCCGUAGCGCAGCCUUUCAGCGGCCAUAUCAGUAUCUCACAAGGUUUCAUAACCACAGUGAUCUUGAUGUGUUCACAUAUCAGGGUGUUGAAGGGUCACAUGUGGAGUGUCUCCAGAUGCUUCUCAUGUUCUGUGGAAUGAUGGAUCCAUCCUGGGCAGAAUUGAGAAAUUUUGCAUGGUUCCUUAAUCUUCAGCUGCAAGAUUGUGAGACAUCUGUUUUUUGUGAUGCCACUUUCACUGGAGACACACUAAGUGGAUUCAAGACCUUUGUGGUGGACUUUAUGAUUCUGAUGGCAAAGGACUUUGCCACUCCAUCACUCAGCAUCUCUGACCAGAGCCCUGGCAGGCUGCAGACGGAUGACCUAAAUGGUGUUCGAGAUGAAGACUUGGCUCCUUUUCUGAUCAGAAAAAGAUGGGAAACAGAACCACACCCAUACAUCUUUUUUAAUGAUGACCACGUGUCCAUGACCUUCAUUGGUUUCCAUCUUCGGCCCAAUGAACAGAACUUUGUUGAUGCAAUUGAACCCACUUCUGGACAAGUGAUAAAAAAGAAUGUCAUGACAAGGGCAUUGUAUGAAGGCUUACAGCUGCAAAGGGUCCCGUUCAACAUCAACUUCGAUAGCCUCCCCAGAGGAGAGAAAAUAGAGCGGCUAUGCAAUGUCCUUGGGAUCCAGUGGCCUCUUGACCCAGAUGAAACAUACGAGUUAACAACUGAUAACAUACUGAAGAUGCUGGCCAUCCACAUGCGAUUCAGGUGUGGCAUUCCAGUCAUUAUCAUGGGAGAGACAGGCUGUGGAAAGACGAGGCUCAUUAAAUUCCUUUGUGAGUUGCGGAGGAGUGGAGUGGCCACAGAGAACUUGAAGCUGGUCAAGGUGCACGGAGGCACAACCUCAGAGAUGAUUUACACCAAAGUCAGAGAAGCUGAAGAUAUUGCUUCUGUUAACAAGCAAGACUAUGGAUUUGACUCUGUUCUCUUCUUCGAUGAGGCCAACACUACAGAGUCCAUCAGCAGUAUCAAGGAGGUCCUCUGCGACAAGACAGUCAAGGGGGAAAGUUUGACACAGGACAGUGGGCUGCAGAUCAUUGCAGCAUGCAACCCUUAUCGAAAACACACAGAUGACAUGAUCAAGAGGUUAGAAUCUGCUGGUCUUGGGUACAGAGUUCGAGCUGAAGAAACAGAUGAAAAGCUUGGGUCUAUCCCUCUUCGCCAGUUAGUGUAUAGAGUUCAAGCAUUGCCACCAAGCAUGAUCCCUCUGGUGUGGGACUUUGGACAGUUAAAUGAUCACACAGAGAAAAUAUACAUCCAGCAGAUUGUGCAAAGGGUGAGAAACAACGCAAUCAAUCAAACAAACCUCGAGUGGAUCACCGAUGUCCUUUCAGCUUCCCAGAAGUAUAUGAGAACAAGAAAGGAUGAAUGCAGCUUUGUCAGCCUGAGAGAUGUUGAACGCUGCAUGCUGUCUUUUGUGUGGUUCUAUGACAACCACCUCAUGCUGUUUGGAGAACUUGAAAAAUAUGAGAGCAAUCAAAAUGCUGAGAACAAUGAUAGGAAUCAGAGACAGCUUGAGGUCAGAGAUCCAGUGCUCUGGUCUCUAGUUAUGGCCAUAGGAGUGUGCUACCAUGCCUGCCUGGAAAAAAAGGAUAAAUACAGAGAGAAAGUCAGCAAAUGUCUUCCAGAAAGAUACAGCCCAGCAAAGGUAAUGCAGGAGAUCUCACUCAUGCAGGAUGUACUUUUGAGCGGUGUGCCAAUGGGGGAUACAAUUGCAAGAAACAGUGCUCUCAAAGAAAAUGUCUUCAUGAUGGUUCUCUGCAUUGAGCUGAGAAUCCCUCUCUUUUUGGUUGGAAAACCUGGAAGCUCAAAAUCCCUGUCUAAAACUCUGGUGGCAGACGCAAUGCAAGGCCAAGCUUCUCAUUCUGACUUCUACAAAAUGUUUAAACAGAUCCAUUUGGUGUCCUUCCAGUGCAGCCCUCACUCAACACCAGAAGGCAUCAUUAAUACUUUUAAGCAAUGCGGACGCUUCCAGGAAGGAAAGAACUUGAAUGAGUACAUUUCAGUCGUGGUGCUUGAUGAGAUUGGGUUGGCGGAGGACUCUCCAAAGAUGCCACUGAAAACCCUUCAUCCCCUGCUAGAAGAGGGAUGCAUAGAUGAUGAAGCACUACCACACAAAAAGGUCGGAUUCAUUGGAAUCUCCAACUGGGCUUUAGACCCUGCGAAGAUGAACAGAGGCAUAUUUGUCUCCCGCGGUGAUCCUGAUGAAAAGGAGCUGAUUGAGAGUGCCAAAGGCAUAUGCAGAUCUGAUGCCAUGGUUUUGGAGAAGGUCAGGGACUUCUUCCAGCCCUUUGCAAGAUCUUACUUGAGCAUCUGUCACAAACAAACAAAACAACGCAAAGGAUUUUUUGGCCUACGUGACUACUACAGCUUGAUUAAGAUGAUUUUUGCAUUGGCAAAGGUUUCUCAUUGCAAACCUACUGCAGAGGAAACAAUGAAGGCAGUGUUGAGAAAUUUCAGUGGUAGGGAAGAUGUGAAUGCAGUUGCUGUCUUCACCAAGAGACUGAAGAUUGCACCGAACUUGGACAACAUCAGUGCUAUUGAGUUUGUGAGAGAAAACAUUCAAGCAGUUGGACAAGAUGAAGACUGUCGGUACCUGCUGGUGCUAACAAAAAACUAUGCAGCCCUCCAGAUCCUUCAGCAAACCUUCUUUUCAGAAAGUGGCCAGCCAGAGAUCAUCUUCGGAUCCAGUUUCCCAAAAGAUCAAGAAUACACCCAAAUCUGCCGCAACAUCAACAGAGUGAAGAUCUGCAUGGAGACGGGUCAAACAGUUGUGCUUCUUAACUUGCAGAACCUCUACGAAAGUCUGUACGAUGCUCUCAACCAAUACUAUGUCUGCUUGGGAGGACAGAAAUAUGUUGACCUUGGACUGGGGACCCACCGUGUGAAAUGCAGGGUGCACAAAGACUUCAGGCUAAUUGUCAUUGAGGAAAGAGAGGUGGUCUACAAACAGUUCCCCAUACCGCUCAUCAACAGGCUGGAGAAACACUACCUGGACAUCCAAACUGUGCUCAAAACUGAGCAGAAAAGGAUUGUGGAGGAAUUGGAGGGAUGGGUGAAACUUUUUGUGUCCCUUGGCAGUCAACGUGCAGCAACUGCUCAGACUUACAAGUACAAAGCACCGGACGUCUUCAUCGGGUACCACUCAGACACAUGUGCAUCUGUAGUGCUUCAAGUCAUCGAGAAGCAGAAGGACAGUAUGGAUAUCUCCGACCCUGAGAGGAAGAUUCUGGAAGAAGCCAAACUCGUCCUGCUCAAAUGUGCUACACCAGACUCAGUUGUACGACUGGACUGCACAGGCCUCCCCAAAGUGGAGAGUGACAAUCUGUCCAGGGUCUACUUUGAAGAGCAGAGUAACAGCUGUUUAGCCGACUUCAUUCUUGCUCACACAACACAGGAAGUCCAUUGCAGCUCCUCAUUCACAGAGGUGACAACUUUCUCCAGACUUCUGACAGCAUCUGACUUGGAACCACUGGGGCAAAUGUUGCAAAGUGUAGAGCUCCUCUCACUCCAGCAGUUUGACACGGAGCAAUCGUUCCUGAAGAAGAUCAGGAACUACCUCACAGCUGGCAGAAGAAGCAAUAACCCUGGACCCUGCAACAAGAUCCUCAUCAUUCAGUGCGACUUUGAAGUUUCUCAAAGUGCCAAUCUCAUUGCAUCAGCAAAGUAUUCAUCCAUAAAUGAGAUCAACAAGAUAACUCAGGAGAGCAUAGGCGGCAAGGUGUUUGUCUAUUUUAUCACCAGACUGCCAAGAAUGGAAGGAGGAAGUUCCUACAUUGGCUUUCAUGGAGGCCCCUGGACAUCAGCUCACAUCGAUGACCUCAGGCGGUCCAAAGACAUUGUUUCAGACAUCAAAGCCUUGCAAAAAAUGACAAUCAGUGAGAUGUUCGAAACAAAGAUGACUCUGCAUGAAGCCAUGGAGGUCGACGACAUGUACACUGAAAAUGAACACGAGGAAGCAGUUCAGGAAAAUGUGCAGUCAGAUGAAAAGUUUGGGGAUUGUGUUGUGGACACCACAGCGCUGCUGAGGAGCUGUGUGCAGAGUGCAGUAGGCAUGCUGAGGGACCAGGUGGACAUGGGCAGCCGCAGUACCCACAGAGUUGAGAUCCUGCUGACACUCCUCAGUGACAAUGAUGAAAUAAAAGGUGAAUUUCUACAAAUUGUGAAGAGGCAUCUUCACUCAUUGCUGUCGUCUCAUGAUGGCAACACCUUCUCAUCCAUGAAAAGCAACUGGGUCAUUAAGGAGGCAUCAAACAUAGACGCACUGCAAGAAGGAGGCACCUUCAGGAACACACUAUGGAAGCGUGUUCAGGCUGUGGUGGUUCCCCUCUUGGCCCAACUGGUUUCAGUCAUCGACCGAGACCAAAACUUGGAUAUCUUGCUUGACAGCAACUGUGGUGAAUCUGUCAAAAGACUGUGGUUAGAUAUCUUUGGGAAUGAUAAACUCUUGGAUAUCCCACAUUUAACACUGGACCACAACAAUGAGACAAAAACAAUCCUUGUACAAAACAACAUUGCCCAGGACCAGAUCAUGAGCUGCAGCAUGCCUUUCAGUUGGAGGAUCAAGAACUACCUAGAGCAGCUCUGGGUCCAUGCACUUCAACAUGAAGGCCAAACUCAGCUGGAGUUUGAUGAUUUCUUUUGGAAGACACCACUCGGGCGUUACAUUGAAAAAGCAGACCCAGAGAUGCAGAAGGAGUUUUUCCACCGCUAUAUUCAGGAUUUCAUCUCUAUGACAAUGAACCUGACUUGCAAGGACGAGCUGCAGAUACUGUGUGCUGCCUUGAAUUGUUGUGUCAAUGAGCUGCGAUUGCGGCUCAAUGCCACAGACACGGUGACGUCUCUUCCAUGGGUCCAUGCUGCUUAUCAUGAGUUCAAAAAGCGUCUACAGAACCUCACAAGAAUGAUCUGCAUAGAGCCUCUGGUGACACAGCAUCUCAUGCAGAUGCCAGAUACCAGAAGCGGGGAUGAACUGGUGUUCGAUGUGUACGCUGCUUUUGCAUGUGUGGAGUACUUGGAGCCCACAGACCUGAACACGGACGCCCAAAGACAAGCUUGGCUCAGACGGGUCAAAAAACUCCAAGUUCCCAUAGAGCUGAUCUGCUCAGAGGACAGUGUGAGACACUACGGAGAGCGUAGCAAAACAAUCGUCUGCAGAGUCCAAGCUGGAUGGAAUCGGAUAUUUUCUCUCUCUCUAUUUGUGGAGCACAUGCUGUUGGGAAUUGAAGAGAUCGAGAAAAAGCUCACACCUCUGGUUUUGGAGCACACACGAAGGCUUUGCCAGAUACUGGAGAAGAAUUCAGAUCUCAAAACCAGGCAGACAUUUGAGGCAGUGAUCACUUUGCUCAAAAGCUGCAAAGAUCAAGCGGUCAACUGUUUCUUCAGGUUUGGUCUUAUGCUGUGUCCAGUCUGUAUGGGAGACCCACAAAAUCCACUCUGCUUGCCAUGUGAACACAUGUACUGCCUGACAUGUAUUAAAAAGUGGUUGAUCCCAGGUCAGAUGUACUGUCCACUCUGCAUGCAGCAAGUUGAGGAAGCCUUUCCCUUGGUUCCUUCAGACGAAAUGAGGAUUCUAAUCAACCAACAUGCUCAGUUCAGGAAGCAGUGCAAUGCAUUCUUCAUUGAGCUGGUGUCCACUGUGUGCUUUAAGGACAACUCUCCCCCCUGUUCAGAUGUCAUUCUCCACUUGCUCUCCUUUCUCAUGGUGGAGGCCAGCCCUGUUCCCAUUCUCAGGGUUAAUCGUCAAAUCCUGACAAAGGUGCUUUCUCCAUUUGAUGACUCUGUGGAUAAAAAUCCAGUGAUCCGGUCAGUAGUGCUCAAACUCCUGCUGAAGUACAGCUUUGAAGAGGUGAAGAAAUACCUGCAGCAGCAUCUGGUGUCAGUCGAGCAGAGCAACUUCUUGGAGGAGUCGGAUAAAACUGAACUGUACUUGAUGUACAUAAACUGCCUCGAGGACUCUAUGUUUGAAAGGUUGCAGUUCAGGUCCACUGCAGACCAGCAUGUGUGUCUGCAGGAUGAAAGUUCCUUCCUGACCGACUACCUGCAGUCACAGGGUCAGUCUGCUGAAAAAGCCACUGUGGAGUACCUGCAGCAGGUGGCCAGAGUGCGUAUGGACCUGGAUUUGGCUGCCAGCCUCAUAGUGGAAAAACGGAGAGCCCCAGCAGAGGCUCAAGAGGGCGGUCAAAGUGGUACCACAGCCUUCCUGACCAGCGUGGUGAACUUGUGCAGACGCAGUGGAAACAGCUGGUAUUGUGUCUACUUGAUCCGUAAGAUCUGCAGCCAACAUGGUGUGGAGUUUGUCCUGAAACUCCUGAAAGUGGAUGAAAUGCGCUGGCUCUUCCCUGAAGAAGUUCUAGAAAAGAGUGAAGAAGCCACCCCAAUCGAUCAGUAUCUUGUGUGUGGAGAGGACUACAAGACAAUCAGAAACGCUGUUGCCAAAGUAGUCAUGGAAGGCAAAGUGGAUGGGCUGGACCAGACCUGUGAGGCGUGCAAAUGUUCUCCGAAGAGGAUAACAGCUAAUCUUCUGCUUGCGCUGUACAGAGAAGCCACCACUCUCUACAGAGACCCCAAUGUUAGCUUCCAUCCCAAGCCUGAGCUACUGAAGCCCCUGAUGGCCUACAUCAAGACCUCAAAGUUCCUUCCCAGCCCAGAGACCAAGAGGUUUGCCGAAGUUCUGGUGACCAACGAACUCAAGUCGCUGGUUGUUCCUCCCGGGACGUCUGGCGCCAGGUGUGCGUUGGUGGAAUUAACUAUUCACCUGGCUGUUGUGUUGGUAUGUGGAGGCCAGGGGAUCUUAGCACCUCUACAGCAACUGGCAACAGCACCUGCCAACAUGCAGGCUGCCUUCUUGCCUACAAUGCCUGAGGACAUGUUAGCAGUAGCUCAACAAGCCAUGGGACCGCUGCAGUGGUACCAUUGCCCUAAUGGUCACCCCUGCACCAUUGGAGAGUGCGGCCAGCCAAUGGAACAAGGUCGUUGUUUGGACUGUGGGGCUGUGAUUGGAGGAACGAAUCAUAUAGUGGUGCCGGGCUUUCAUGUCGUUAGGUUACAGGCGGACCGCACUCAGACAGGCCAUAUCUUGGGGGACCCAAAUCGCAGAGACAACCCAGCCAUGUUGGACACAAAGGGCCUCUCUCCUGUUCCCUUCACCAUUGUUCGCAUGCUCACUCAUGUGGCCAUGCUGCUCGGCACCUGCAGCCAUCUACAGUCUAUUUCUGCUAUCAUCAAGCCUCCAGUGCCUGACCCAGGUGCAUUUCUUCUCGCUCACCUGCAAAAGGACAUGGAGCAUCUUAUCAAAUCUCUGGGGAAGGGGACAGACGAUACAGUCAGCACCAUUCACCUGCUCAUCAGCAGCCUCCUGCAACAAGCAUGGCCUGUUCCUAACAACAACCUGCUCACAACCAAAGAAGUUAGAAAUGGAUGGGAGAUGGAAAUGAGCAAUACCAUCAUCUCACCGUGGCUGAAGAACUUGGAAAGACAGCUAAAGGAAGUGAACACAUUCAUCCGAGCUGACUCUCGAAUUUCCGCCAAUCCAAUCAUGAAGCUCAUGUUUGGCGAUCCUAGUCUUUUCUUGGCUUCACUUCCCAAAAAAUCACUGAUCCAUCGUUCUGCUGUGUGGAGCUGCAGGGAGAAAGUUUCUCUGCUGAGCCUCACCCACAUUGUGGAGCAGAACGGGGGCAAAGACACUCUGCCUGUGCUCUGGAGGUUUCUGCAUAAGGAGGCCGAGCUGCGACUGGUGAAGCACCUUCCUGAUAUCCUCACACUGCAGAGAGAUCUGGUCAAGACGUUUCAAAACGUCUCUGAGCUGACCUGCAGCACCAUAGCAGAAUUCCUCCACAGUCAGAAAGCAGUUUCCCUGAAAGCCUGGUACCAGAAAUACAUUGAAGUCUUCCUCACAACCUGGAAUCAGCUCAGAGUCUCUUUGGGGACAAACGGUGAAUAUUAUUUACCCGCUGAUCUCUGCGAGAAGGACCUGGAUCUCAACAGUGACUUUAAAGUGCUGUUACCACGGCGACAGGGCCCAGGCCUGUGCUCCACCGCUCUAGUCAGCUAUCUCAUCGCCCUGCACAAUGACCUGGUUUACUGUGUGGAUAAACACACUGGAGAGGAGACCAGUUACAAAGUGAGUCCAGCAGAUCUGACUGACCUGCAUGUGAUUCGGUAUGAGCUGGAGAGGGAUCUGAUGCCCCUGAUUCUGUCCAACACCCAGUACAGCAUUGAGAGAGGCCAGGAGACGCUUCAUGAGUAUGACUUACCCAAAAUCCAGCAGCAGAUUAUCUCUCGCUUCUUACUGGGCAAACCUCUCAUCACUCUCAACGGCAUUCCAACACUAGUGAACAGACAUGACCGUAACUAUGAAAUCAUCCUGAAGGAUGUGAAGGCAAAAGUCAAGCAAGAGCCUCUUCAGACUCUCACCCUGUUUGCAAUGGCGGGGGAGCUUCACUCAUACAGCGAGGUGUGUGAGGCCUUGUCCACUCUGGAAGUGGCCCUCGGUUUCCUCGCCAUGACCGGGGGAGAGCCUCUCAUGCAGCUGUCCUGCUACCUGGAGGAGGUGCUGCAGAUGGAGAACCAGAUGGCUCCACACAUAUUCAAGGCCUUGAGCAUGUGCUGUCUAAAACACUGUGUGGCUCUGUGGCAGCUGCUGAUCUCACUGAAAUCAGAAAAUAUGCUGCGACUCAAGAGGGAUCCAUUCGUGGGGGUCUCAGAGAAGUAUAAACAGGUCCUGGGUGAGGACGAGCACCGGCUGCUGACUGGCUUCUUCUCUAAGAACAGUGCCGACGCUUUCCUGCUGGAGAUGCACGAGUUCCUGGUUCUGGUCCUUCAAAAGCCCAAUGCACUUGAUACCUUCAGGCCGGACUGGAGCCUGAAAGACACACUAUUCUCCUACAUGGAGCGCAAAGACCUGGACAUCCCGCGAGAUGUGGAGGAGCUGUUUCCAGUAGAGAUCCUCCUGUGUCACUACGUAGAAGCCUGGAAGUUCAUUGUGGCCUUCAAGCAGGAGCGUGGACAGAGGCAGUGAGACACUCAGAAGGGUUGUUUUCUUUAUCACUUCUUUAUUUGAUGUACUCAAAUACCUCAGAUGAAGUUUACAAUCAUGAUAAAUCCACAGUAUUGUUGUUGUUCGGCUGUGGGGUUGAAUAUUUAUGCAGAAGACAAAUGCCUUUUUAAAGAGCACUGUUGUGAAGUGUCAUUGUGCCACAGAUCAAGUGUUCUCCUCUACAGUUGACCGUUUAAAAUGUAUCCUCAAUUUUUUUUCUGCACUUGUUUUAUAUUCUCUUCCAUUUUCUGAAGCAUCAACAUGCACAGGGUUUCCCUACAGAUGCACGUUCUCUCGUUGACACUUUACUUGAAAUGUGAAUUUGCCUGUCCCAGAGAGGCAAAAUAAAAAAGAAUCUGAAUUCUUCUCAGGUACCAAAUGUUGAAUCAUCUGGGGGCUUAAAGCCACACUUAACUCACAUUAUAUAAUGUGUCAUUUCCAUUCAUGAAUAAUUAUGUUGAUGUGUCAUAUCUGUGUCAAAGAUGUACUUUUCUUUCUUCUACUCUUCAAAUUCACUGUCUUUAAAAAUAUAUACAUUUUUCCUUAAAACAACUGUACACACUUUACAUUCCAGUUGUGACAUUUUCAUUUAUUUUCUCUCAGAUUGCAUCAUACUCCGCCUUUUUUUUAAUUUUUCCCAGAAGUUUGUUAUAUUCCUCGUUUGCUUGAUAAAACAAACUCCUUCAAAUAAAGCAGACAUUUCCUAUGUUA